AUGAAUGGAUUGGGAGUUAAACCAUAUUUUUAUUUUAACCAUCUCUCGCUCUCGGACCAGAUGAGAAAGGAAAAGGACACUAUUACAUUAAAGGAGCUUUUUAACACGCCAGGAGAGUUGUAUGCAUGUUUCUUGACAACUUUUGUGUUUGAUAUUGGCUGGCUUCUGAGAGAAGUGCCCAUUUUAAAAACCGUUCAAGUACAAUUUGUCCACGACGGCAGUCUGAGUGAAGACGAGGAAAGACUGAUUCACAACUUGGAUUUCCAGUGUAUAAAGGUAUCACCCUUUCGCGGGUGUCAUCACGUCAAAAUUAUGGUUAUGCUAUAUGAAGGUGGGUUGCGGUUUGUGCUGUCCACUGGCAAUCUUCUCGAACAAGAUUACGAAAUAAAGACGAAUGGAAUAUAUGUUCGAGACUUCAAGCCAAAAAGCAACUCUUUUUCGAAGAUGAAUGACAUUGGCGAGCACUUUCUUACAACCAUGAGGUACUAUCUCAACUCAAUCAACACUGACAUCGGCUAUUUAGAUGACUUUGACUUCUCCACCAUCGACGCUUGGCUUCUUCUUUCAGUCCCAGGAAAGUUUCAUGGUGACAUGGCCUCGGAGGUUGGUCUUGGUCAACUUUCUUCUCUUUUGAAAAGUUUUUCUUUUGGUUCCCAGAAAGACCAAAAAACACAAGAAGAGCACAAAACUUCUGCCCUUAUAAAUCCUGUUGUUCCGACAAAACAAUCUCAAAAAACCUCAACCUCUCAAAAAGGUCUCAAAUCUCCCGAGAUUGAAUGUGCAGAACAAGCAGUCAUCAUUUCACAAUCUUCCUCUCUGGGGUAUUUAAGCUCAAAUUUUACAGAGAAAUUUAAAUCAAGUUUUGUGCCAAAUGUGCACCACAUCCAACUCAAGACACUCUGGCCGACAGAGGACUUUGUGCGCGUCUCAGCAACGGGCUACGCUGGUGGUCAAUCCUUAUUCCUCACACAGCAGAAUGUAAAGUCUGGUGUUGCGCUGUAUAGGUAUGAGCCGCGCUUCCCACGGCACUAUAUCCAGCCCCACAUCAAGACAUACUUAGUAAAGGUUGGCGAUACGUUUAGGUGUGGUGUUCUGACUUCCGCAAAUAUGAGUGCGGCAGCGUGGGGUAAGCCGAUGAGUUACGGAAUUGAUAUUUCAAAUUUUGAAAUGGGACUUCUCUUUGUUGAAAAUUUUGAUGUGAAUAGAUUCAAAAUUCCAUUUGACUCAAACGAUCUGAAGGCGUAUGGCCCGGAUGACAGGCCGUGGAUAGUUGAUGUUGACCAUAGUGUUAUGGACUCGGAGGGAUAUAUAAUGAAGGAUGGCAAUUUAGUUGCUGUGUAA